CUCCUGGUUCAAAGGCCGACGCUCAAUCACUGAGCCACACCAGCCGGCCUCUUUCUUUCUUUAUUUUGCUUCUUUCUUUAUUUCUUUCUUGUCCUUCAUACUAUGUACCAUGAGGUAAGUACUAUAAAAUAACUCAUUCUCUGAGAGCUUAUGUGGCUACUAAGUGGACAUUCUCAGUCCACCAAGCUUUGCUCCCUCCCCCAGCCCUGGGAAGCAAUCUAUAAAACAAUAAACGUCCCAGUCAUGGACCCAAUGACCAUAAAAGCCUUUCCCCUGAUCCUUAUCACAAGUUGACUACCAGCCGCCGAUUUCUAGUUACAUGGAGUACAAAGGGGAAGUUAGUCGCUGUGCCUUAAAGCAUCUGUCAAAACUGGCAAAGACCAGCAUCCAGAUUCGUGUCCUGUACUCGACUGGCACGUCGUGGACAAAAAGAGAAUUUAAGUUAGAGGGUCUCUGUCAAGGGAAAUUAGUGGGUGCUGGGCAUUCUGCUUCCCCACGGCCCCUCUGGAAUUCUGCGGCUCUUCUAGAAAGGUAUAGAUUUUCCCCAGGAAAUACAUGGGGCGCAACUGAAUUAUGUGUGGAGACACAAGCGUUUCAGGUCAAAAGUUCAGACUGACGCGCUGAUAAGUUUAGAAAAACACUGGGAACCGAAUAAAAGCCACUGUAGGGGCCCAAUAGGACACGAACAGGACAGCGUUGGAAUAUGCCAGAGAAUGAGGCUCCAUGAAUUCCCCUCCUCGCCCCGGACCCCUUUGUGCUGCUCCUGCCAACGCAGCAGCCGCCCAUCCACCGACCUCGCUGCAUCCCAGCCAACCAGCCAUGGGGAAGGUGAGCCGGACACAAUGAAAUAAGAUGGCGGUAAAACCCCCUAUACAAGAUCGACUGGGGGCAAAUGAUUUCCCUCGGGGCUGUUCUUCCUUUGCAGAUCACCUUCUACGAGGACCGCGGCUUCCAGGGCCGCCGCUUCGAGUGCAGCAGCGACCACCCCAACCUGCAGCCCUACCUCAGCCGCUGCAACUCCAUCCGCGUGGACAGCGGCUGCUGGAUGCUGUAUGAGCGCCCCGACUACCAGGGCCCCCAGUACUUCCUGCGGCGCGGCGACUACCCGGACCACCAGCAGUGGCUGGGCCUCAGCGACGCUGUCCGCUCCUGCCGCCUCAUCCCCCAGACGGGCUCCCACCGGCUGCGGCUGUAUGAGAGAGAGGACCACCAAGGCCACAUGAUGGAGCUGAGCGAGGACUGCUCCUGCAUCCAGGACCGCUUCCACCGGGCUGAGGUCCGCUCCCUCCACGUGCUGGAGGGCUGCUGGGUCCUCUACGAGAUGCCCAACUACCGGGGGCGGCAGUACCUGCUGAGGCCCCAGGAGUACAGGCGCUCCCACGACUGGGGGGCCACGGAUGCUAAGGCUGGCUCUCUGAGGAGGGUGGUGGAUUUAUACUGAAAUCGGUUCACGCUACCAUUUUCUCAAUUUGGAACCUAAUAAAGUAUUUCGUCUGUAUUGUUGGCAA